CUGCAGGCUUGGGCUCCGGGCUGAUUUGGGGUCCCUGGGCCGCGGGGUUCCCGCUCCUCCCCUUUUGUCCCUCUUCCGGGAGAAGUGGAUCCUUAAGGGCGUUUCUCACGGUGGGAUCCGCAGCGGACUCGGACCCUUCCUCAGACUUUUUGAACCGAACUCUCUGCCGUGGCCUGGGGAUCUGCAUUUCAUCCGUCGCCCCACAUUGUUUUGAUGCAGGUGGUCACAGGGCCGCACUGUGAGGCAUUUACGAACAGGGAGCCUAACUGGGUGCAUUUGAGAAUGGGGCCCGCCGACCUGCCUUGAAAAGGUGAUCGUCCUCUGUCAGGAGACACCGACUCAGAGGGGACAGGACCACCAUUGUUUUGCAGUUUCUGAAAGUGUUUUGAGGUAAAAAUUCAGGUGUCAGUGGGAGCAAUGGACGGUCCCAAGACAGAAGAAGAGGUGUUAGAUGUUCUGCGACUGAACGUGGGUGGCUGUCAUUAUACAGCCAGACGUGAGUCCUUGUGCCGCUUUAAGGACUCAAUGCUGGCAUCCAUGUUCAGUGGUCGUUUUCCUCUAAAAACAGAUGAAUCAGGGGCUUGUGUUAUUGACCGUGAUGGCCAUCUGUUUAAAUACCUUUUGGAUUAUCUUCAUGGAGAAGUUCACAUUCCCACAGAUGAGCAGACUCGGGUUGCUCUGCAGGAAGAGGCUGAUUACUUUGGCAUCCCUUAUCCCUACAGCCUGUCUGACCACUUGGCCAAUGAAAUGGAGACAUAUUCUUUAAGGUCAAAUAUAGAACUUAAAAAGGCUUUAACAGACUUCUGUGAUUCGUAUGGUUUAGUUUGCAAUAAACCAACAGUUUGGGUUCUCCACUAUCUUAACACAUCUGGUGCAAGCUGUGAGAGUAGAAUUAUUGGUGUAUAUGCUACAAAAUCUGAUGGAACAGAUGCUAUCGAUAAGCAGCUGGGAGGAAGAAUUCACAGUAAAAGCAUUUUUAAAAGAGAGGCUGGAAAUAAUGUUCAGUACAUUUGGAGCUAUUAUUCAGUAGCAGAAUUGAAGGAAAUGAUGGAUGCCUUUGAUGCCUGGGAGGGAAAAGGUGUUAGCUACUGGCGGGUGCCUCAUGAGCUGAUAGAAUGUUGGACUCUGGAAGAAAGGCCUUUGCUUGGAAGCAUGCGUCAUAUGGCUCCAAUUCGAAAGAGGCGACUGAUAGCAUUCAAUGAAGAGGAAGAAGAAAGUAUGAACUCUAAGACUGGUCCUAAACCAGUCAGGUUUUUGGGACCUUCUACCAGCACCCAAAUUAAAGUCAAGAACUCAGCUUCAGUCAGGGUGCCUCCAGUCAGUGCCCUCCAGGCCAGUUCGCGGGCCGCAAACCCAUCUCCAGGUGCCAAGGAAGCUCUGAAAGCCCAGUCCCUUGUGGGCCCAGGUAUACCUGGCCGUGGCAGUGCUGAAAAUGGAGCUACAUUCCCACCUCCAGCUAAGGUUCUGCUCUCUGAAAAGAAGGCCACCUCUCACCGGGUGAUAAAGCUGAAACGAACUCCACUGUGCGCUGCUGGGCCUUCCCCUUCUGCCUGCACAGCCACCAGUUCCACAGGAGCCCCAGAAUCACCUCUAGAUGCCACCGGUGCCUUGAACCAGACUGAAAAUGGGCAGGGCCAGACUGAUUGACAGUAACCGGACUCCAGACUUCAGUUUGCCUCCCAGUGCCUCCAGAUGUUCCAUGCGUUAAGCAGCACUGAUGCAUUGAUGCAUUUGAGGUGAAAACUUAUGUUUCUAAGUAGGAUAAUUAUGGGAAAAAUGAAUUGCGUGAUGUAGGAUGGGAGGAGGGAGACUUUAAAGUGGUUGGGGUUGUAUUUACUUCUCAUUUUCCCUUACUUUUAAGUGAUUAUUUGUCUAUGGACAGUUUGAAUUUCAGGUUUUGAAUUUUUAAAAGUGGUUAAUUGGCAUUACUGCAACAAAGUAGUAUUGCAGAAUCCUCACUAGAGAAGUCCAUUUUGUUGCUGAAAGAAUUUAUAGGCUCUAGGCACUUUUGUAAUAUUACUUCCUGCAGCCCAGGCAUAGGAGUGAGGUUUGGGCUUACAUAUUCCUGCGUGAAAGAGAGGGUGAGGUUAGUACUUCCCUGUGCUGUGUCACAGCCAUGAGAGGCUUACGAGAAAGUGUAGAUCAAGGUGAACGCUCUAUAAGUUACUCUUAGUUUCCAAAGGCAACAUGAAAAGAAAUGAUGGGGAGGGGGAAAAAGUCAAUAAUUUAUCACAUUUUAACUCUCACAUAAUUGAAAUAUUUUCUUUCCUAGAUUGGCUUUUCUUACUCUUUUUCCAUUAGCAGAUUUAUUUGGACAUCACAAGGAGAUUUCUUGGCAUAAGAAUUAUAUAAUGUUUUAAGUAUUUUAUUUUAAUUUGAAGAGUGAAAUUUUGAAAAAAGAGAAGUUAAAAGUUUAACUUUUUGACUAAAGUUAAUAUUUGUUUGUCAGAAAUGACCAUUGAAGAGUCUUCUGGUUAUAUAAUCUGAUUUUUUAUGCAUAAAAUUUCCAUGAAACUUGAAUUUAAUAUUUUUAAACAGAAUAUUUUGAUUAAUCCUCUAUUUUUUCACAACUAUUCAGUUGUGUAUGUUUACUCUCACAUGUUAUGUUUUAUAAUUGGGUCACAUAAUUUCUACCAUUAGUGAGCUGUAUGCCUUCAGUGUGUAAAAAUAAGUUCAUAAAGCAGGGUACUUUUUACUCAAUGCUCAUCGUUGUACUUGCGUUGCUUUGAAAGAGUAAAGUAAAUAUGCUCAACACACUACUUUUUACAAAAUAAAAUAAAAACUUUUCCAUAAAAAGUGACCUUUUCUGUGACUGUAAUUAUUUUUAA